ACCACCCCUGUUCAAAAUAAGGGACCUACCUCGCACCCUCUUUUUUUAAACAACGUUUCGGAGUUAAAGAAAAAGAAGAAGCAAAUAAAGGAAGAACGCACGCAGCGUAAUGAGCAGUUUCCCGGAGUAAAGGAUGAUUUCAGCGACAGCUGCAGGAAUACUGGAAUAACUGUGGACCAUCAAUGUGAUGGACCAGCAGAGGGCGCUGCACGCCGGCUGCCUGGUCUCGGGGGUCCGGACGCCCCCCGCCCGCCGCAACAGCAAACUGGCCAGUCUGGGACGAAUCUUUAAGCCCUGGAAAUGGAGAAAAAAGAAGAACGAGAAGCUGAAGCCCUCAGCGACGGCGGAGAAGAAGGCAGCUGUACGGCAGAAGAGAGACGAGCUUGUGAGGCGAGGCCCCCGGGAGGAGGAAGCAGAGGCAGACCUGGCCUGUGGGGGGGACGGCGAGGACCCAGACACCCCCACCCAGUCUGACGGGGAGGACAGGGACGAGGAGCCGGCGCCGCCUCCGGCCAGCGGCGCUGAGGAUCCUGGGAGUGAUGGGGAAACUUCCACAGUUCCAGCCCUGACUGAAGAUUCAAAGCCAGUAAGAACCGUGAGUCAGAGUGAGGAUGGAGAGGAGGAGAGCUCCUCCCUGAGCCAGCCCGGGGAGGAGCAGCUGGAGAGGGGGGAGAGGGGGGAGAGGGGGGAGAGGGGGGAGGCCGGCGAGGCCGCGCAGGAGGAGCUGGAACCCCAACCCCAGAGACGGGCCAGCACCCCCCCACCCCAACACCACCCCAUCAAGCUGCUGACCAGACUGGGCAGCUUAGACGGUGCCCGUCCAGUGCCGGUUAAAAAGUCCCCAGCCACCCUACCAAGAAACUUCACCCUCCCCAAAGACCCUCACGGCUCCCUGCUGAGGUGCAGGAUGUCCACGCCCACGGGCUCGCCCCACUUGGGCUCCCCCCACCUGGGCUCGCCCCACCUGGGGGCCCUGCACCCGCAGCUGCCCCCCAGCUGCAUCAUCGAGGAGCUGCACCGGGCCCUGGCCACCAAACACAAGCAGGACAGUUUCCAGACGAAGGAAGUGCGCUGCUCUCCGAAGCGCAGGCCGGACGGCCGGCUGUCUCGGACCUCCAGCACAGAGAAGGAGCCGAGCGAGUCGGAGAGCAAACCGGGCUCCGAUGAGAACAAGGAGAACAAGGAGAACUGGCGGCUGGACGAAUACCUGAGCGAUCCGGACAGCUGGAACGAGUCUGUGAUCUCCGGGACCCUCCCACGCAGGAUGAGGAAGGAGCUCCUGGCCGUGAAGCUUCGGAACCGGCCCAGCAAGCAGGAGCUGGAGGACCGCAACAUCUUCCCCGUCCGCAGCAACCAGGAGCGGCAGGAGAUCCGCCAGCAGAUAGAACUGAAGCUGGCCAAGAGACUGAGCCAGAGACCGGCCGUGGAGGAGCUGGAGAGUCGGAACAUCCUCAAGCAAAGAAAUGACCAGACUGAACAGGAGGAGAGGAGAGAAAUCAAACAGCGGUUAAACAGAAAGCUCAACCAGCGUCCGACUGUGGACGAGCUGCGGGAGAGAAAGAUCCUGAUCCGUUUCAGCGACUACGUGGAAGUGGCUAAAGCUCAGGACUACGACCGGCGCGCCGACAAGCCCUGGACCAGACUGUCUGCUGCUGAUAAGGCCGCCAUCAGGAAGGAGCUGAACGAGUUCAAAAGCACCGAGAUGGAAGUCCAUUCCUCCAGCAAGCAUCUGACGAGGUUUCACCGACCUUAGCAAGGUUUCUUCUGUGAAGAGUUGCUUAAGUCUGGUUCUGUCAGUGAAGACGUGCGGAGUCUUCCAGCGCCCCGGCCUGCAGUCAGCGGGUGUCCUGAUAUUUGGGUGCAGCGACCUUGGAGGCUAUGUCUCUGGAAAUGGAUCUGCCACUGGAAGAUAUGGCAUGCAGCAAACUUCACUUCUGUUCAGCGUAAACGCUUCCUGAAGCCUCACCGCGCCUGGUCCGAGGAGGACGAGGAACAAUCCAGGUCAUGGAUCUGCUGCGGAUGUGCAGAAUCCUCUUUUUGUAAACAGACUCUUUAGAAAGACUUCCCUUUUUUGAUGUGACUGUUGGU